GUAAUCGAUUUCCGAUAGUUACAGUUCUAGGGUUUGAGAUUGUAAAUUGUAAGAAAUUCUAGCUGAAAAUGACGAUUGGGUCUGAAAAGCCUGUGAAAGAGAAGAGAUCAAGAAAGAGUAAACAAGUAGUUGUUGUUGAUGAGAAAUCGCCAUUGUUACCCACCAAGAAAGGUGAAGAUGGAGGUUUUGAUGAGUUCAAUGGAGCUUCAUUUGCUGGUGCAGUGUUUAAUUUAUCAACCACAAUUGUGGGUGCUGGAAUUAUGGCUUUGCCUGCAACUAUGAAAGUAUUAAGGCUUAUACCCGGAAUUGCUUUGAUUAUCUUUAUGGCGUUCUUGACGAAUGCCUCGAUCGAUCUUUUACUUCGAUUCAGUAGGGCUGGGAAAUCGAUUUCUUAUGGAGGUGUUAUGGAGGAUGCUUUUGGAAGAAUUGGUAGACUGUUGUUGCAAGUAUGUGUGUUGGUUAACAACAUUGGUGUUCUUGUUGUCUACAUGAUUAUCAUCGAUGAUGUGCUUUCUGGAACAACUUCAGAUGGGAUUCACCAUGCUGGUGUUUUACAAGGGUGGUUUGGUGUAYACUGGUGGAACGGUCGUUCGCCGUUAGCCAGUCUGAAGCGGAUAGUUGUCAAUACARGGCASGAAGAUGAAGUUGUCAAUAAGGAAGAUGACACAUCYACGUCUGAGCAACAUCAACUGAAUAAGAAACAUUUAGAUGACACUUACCAACAAUCUGAAGUCCAGUCAAACGAGAAUGUAGGGGAAGAUCACUCAAAUGAAAAUGAGGGCGGACAUAAGAAAGUGCGCAAUCGUGGCAGGGGCAAGGGACUGAUCGGAAAGCAACCUCCAGGGCCUCGAAUGCCAGAUGGUACCAGAGGGUUCUCCAUGGGCCGAGAAAAGGCAGUCGCUGUUCCUGGUGACAGUAGUGUAUCUUUGAUGACAUAA